AUGAUUGGGCGUAUAAAGCCGAUUAGUAUCCUGAUUGAAUCAAGGAGAAGUCUAUUUUCGAAGUUUAAAAAUGCUGCGAAGACAGUUGAAGAUUUUAAGAAAGAUGAUACUUUCCAUCAUGAAUACUCCAUUAGGCCAGAUACUUUCGCUUUUAAGGUGUCUGGUAAAAACGAAAUGAGUAGAUCUCUUACAACCAGAAAGCCGAGGAAUGAUAAAGAUGCAGCUCCUAAGGAAGAUGAGCAUUUAAUUGGUCGCCAUCCCUUCCAAAAAAAAGUUGCAUCUAAUAAACCUGGCUUCAAUGUAGUCGACUUUGUAUAUAGAAAUGCUACAAAUUAUCCAUUUGCAGACAAAACCCCACAAGAAGUAUUUAACUCCUUUCCUCUGAUUAAUUCUAAAAGGUUGGGACAAAGAAAAGUACGCCCUCAAAAAGUGAAAAUGCUCACUUCAGAUUUCAUUGAAGACUCAUUGUACAACCCACACUAUGGGUAUUUCUCGAAAGAGGUCGAAAUUUUCCACCAAGAUAAACCAUUUGAUUAUAACAAUAUUGACGACGUGGAUGAUUUUAUGGAUCAUUGGCAGAAAGCAUAUGCAAAGUAUGAAGACCCAAAGGUAAAAGAUGCCAAAAGACAAAAUGCUGAGAGGAGUGAUAGAAGUUCAAGUAAGGCAGCUGCAAACUAUGUAGCAUCUGAAGCAAUUGCAAGGGAAGCUGCUGCAGCAACUAACACGAAUUCAAAGUUUGCUAAAAGAGCACAUAAAAUUCAAGAAAAGGAGCUUAUACAGUCUGCUCAAUUCCAACAAACGAAAAAUUCGAUGCAAUUAUGGCAUACGCCAACCGAACUUUUCUCUCCUUACUAUGGUGAAGCAUUGGCAAGAUAUUUACUUGUAAACUAUAAACUAAAGGGCGACUAUCCAUACCAUGACCUUAUCAUAUAUGAGAUGGGUGGUGGUAAUGGUACACUCAUGUGUAACGUUCUCAACUAUAUCAAAGUAAAUGAACCUGACGUGUACGCAAGAACUAAGUAUAAGAUUAUCGAAAUCUCAAACCAGUUGGCUACAAAGCAAUUCAAUCACGCAAUUUCUGCUAAGCUUAUCCUGCAAGGAUUAGAUACCCUGAAAGUUGAGAUCAUAAAUAAGUCCAUUUUCCAGUGGGAUACCGUAGUCAGUGAGCCCUGUUUCUUCAUAGCAUUAGAAGUAUUUGAUAACUUUCUGCAUGACUUAAUCAGAUAUGACAAUACUACUGGUGAACCUUACCAGGGACACGUAUUGAUUGAUGAGCAUGGGGAUUUUUAUGAAUUCUUCACUCCAGAAUUGAGUCCUUAUUCUAACGCCUUCUUACAAUUGCGUGAAAAUGGGAAGCAUCUGGUUUUACAGAGCUCAACAACUACUGCAGGAAAAUUACAAACUUUAAAAAGUUUAGUUCCAAUUUUAACUGACAAAGAUGCAAUUCAUCCGUUACUUCAAUCAUCUCUGAAAUUGCGUUGGAAGCAUACCCUCUUACCCUUCAAAGAUAAUUUAACUCCAGGAGAAUUCAUCCCUACAAGACUUUUGGAAUUUUUCCAGAUCUUGAAACAUAAGUUUCCCCAGCAUCUGUUAUUGUGCCUGGACUUCCAUUACUUACCAAAGGCUAUUCCUGGCUACUUUAAUGGACCGGUAGUUCAAACUGUUCUACAAGAUACGAUGGUUGAUGUAAGUACCUACAUGUGCCUACAGGGAUAUUUCGAUAUCAUGUUCCCUACAGAUUUCCAAUUAGCAAGCGAAAUUUAUAAGCAGGUUACAGGUAAAGUAGCUAGGGUCGAGCUGCAUAAAGAAUUUUUGGAAGAAUGGUCAGAGGUGGAAAUGACAGAGACUAAAAAGGGUGAGAACCCAAUGCUUGAUUUCUAUGGAAAUGUAAGCUUUAUGUCACUGUAG